AUGGAGAUGAAUUAUGAUGAAGCGGCUCUCCAUCAGAUUGAGCGGGAGCUCAAUACUGAGAUCUAUCCCGGGACCGAAAUCAUGGCAGAUGUUGGGUCGCAUCACUUCGUGAAAGCGUCGUCGCGAUCAGAUCGUGUUCUCGUUCCUCAGCCAUCGCAGAGCCCGCAUGAUCCUUUGAACUGGAGCAAGACGUGGAAGAUAACCGUUAUCUGCUUGUCCACUGCGGUUUCCUUCAGUCAGGGUCUAGGACCUUUGGCCCUGGCACCAAUGUUUCCUCAGUUGAUGGAGGCUUUCGACACGGACUAUGCCGCCGUGGUCAAAUUUACUGGCGUGUGUAUUCUGGUGUUGGGGUUCAGUAACUUCUUCUGGAUUCCCCUACAGAGCGCAUAUGGUCGGAGACCCGUCUUGAUAUUCUCCACUCUCAUCUGUUUAGCCAGUAAUAUCUGGAGGGCUAUGGCAACAUCCUAUGGUAGUUAUAUGGGGGCCUGUGUCCUGAAUGGAUUCGGGGCUGGUCCUGCCGAGACAUCUCAACCGGAGAUCAUUGCAGACACCAUAUUUCUGCACGAAAGAGGUUCCUUCAACACACUCUACUUCACGUUCUAUUUCGGCUCGCUCAUGGUCGGACCUAUAAUUGCCGGUCCAAUGGCCCAGCAUGUUGGCUGGCGUAGCUUUUUCUGGUUUAACGUCGCACUACUGGGGCUGGUUCUCAUUCUUGUCGUUUUCCUCUUUCCAGAGACCAAAUGGCACCGAGUCCACCCCGGUGAACACACUCACACACAGGAGGUGUUGAACUCCUCCGAUACCGGAUCAGAACCAGAGAAACCCGCCGCUGCGGCACAUCAGGAGAAUGCUUCGAUAGAAAUAGGCGAUACAGAUCCAUGGCUUGGCAGAGGUUAUCCAUCGAAGCAGCAGUUCAAACUCUGGCAGCUAGAAGGCCACAAUCUAAAGAAUCUGCUGAUCAGCUUCUGGGUUCCGUGGAAGCUUCUCUGCUUCCCCAUCGUUGAGUUUGCUGCCUUCAAUGUUUCCUGGUCGGCCAGUGUCUUUCUGACCCUAAACCUCACCCAGAGCGAGGCUUUCUCUAAGCCUCCAUACAACUUCUCCAGCCAGACCAUCGGCUUCUUCAAUUUUGCGAUCUGGAUCGGGGCAUUCAUUGGACUGGCAACCAAUGGACCUCUUUCGGACUGGAUUUCCAUGAAAGCCACAAAAAGAAAUCGGGGCAUUCGAGAGCCAGAAAUGAGAUUGCCCGCGAUAAUACCAUAUGUGAUCGUAUCCAUAAUUGGAAAUUUCGUGGUGGCAUUUGGAUAUCAAUAUCAAUGGGACUGGAGGGCUAUUGUUAUAAUAGGGUACACAGCGGCUGGUAUCCAGGUUGCUGCCAUCCCAGCUAUCACUAGCACCUACGCAGUGGACAGCUACAAGCCGGUUGCUGGCUCGAUAUUCGUCUCGAUCACAGUCAACAAAAACGUGUGGGGUUAUGGUUUUAGUGAGUUCAUUACACCGUGGGUAGAAAAGAGCGGCUUCGUGAAACCGAUAAUGUUGAACAUGUCCCUCGCAGUCUUGUGGUGUCUUUUCGCGAUUCCCUUUUAUUUUUAUGGAAAGCGUUUAAGGAAGUGGACAGCAAAGUCGUCAGUGCACAAGAUGUGA